AUUUUAUAUAUAAAACCAAGAUUGUGGAGGCGCUUGCUGUUGCUCAACUUUAUUUCAAAAGCAGAAAAAUCAUAUAAAUAUACACAGUGUUUAUUAUCCUCCCAAGAUGACCAACCCAAGUUAGACCUCAGAAAAUCUACCUGUUCCACAAAUAUAAUUUAAAACCAUCUGUCUACGCCCUCAACUCUUCAGUAACAAUUGGCCUCUCAUCAUGAAACUACUUGGGAAAAUCAUAAUUUUCUUAUCAUUUUGGCAACUAGCUCUUGCUAGCAUGGCAGAAAUGCGAAGAAAAUCGCACACUGAAGAAUUUGAGGGCAUGUCGGCCUUGUUCAGAGCCAUGUCUUCUUCGCCAAACGAUGGAUACACCUACAACUGGAGCGUGGUCUCGUUUUCAACCGAUGGCCAACCAGAUUCCGGACUAAACUGCACUGUUUUGUAUCUUGAUCAGUGCACAUCCUGGAAUAGAUGUCGUCAGACCUGCCUGAAAACCGGAGCCACCAGCUAUAGGUGGUUCCAUGAUGGCUGUUGCGAAUGUGUGGGCGAGCACUGCAUGAACUAUGGCAUCAACGAGAGCAGAUGUCGACUAUGUCCUGAACCGGGAUUCGAGGAUGAGGAGGAUUGA